AUGCCGAAGAAUAAAGGAAAAGGCGGUAAAAACCGACGUCGUGGAAAGAAUGAAAAUGACAACGAAAAACGAGAGCUGACGUUCAAAGAGGACGGGCAAGAGUACGCACAAGUCGUAAAAAUGUUAGGCAACGGUCGGCUAGAAGCUCUCUGCUUCGACGGAGAAAAGCGUCUUGCGCACAUCCGUGGAAAAUUACGGAAGAAGGUCUGGAUAAACCAAGGCGAUAUCAUACUGCUCUCUCUCCGGGACUAUCAAGACGAAAAGGGAGACGUUAUACUAAAGUAUUCGGCGGACGAGGCAAGAAGUCUGAAAGCGUACGGAGAAUUACCGGAAAAUGCCAAGAUCAACGAGACUGAUACGUAUGGUCAUGAAGGGGUAGACGACAACGUGGAAUUCGACGAGGACCGAGGCAACAGUAGUGAUGACAAGGAGCUUGAUGUGGACGAGAUCUGA